AUCAAAAAUUAGCUAGAGGAGAAAGUUUAGCAGAGGGGUUUUUGUGUAUAAUGUUUGGGGGUCUUUUUAAGCUGUUGGAGUUUGUUCUGUUCCAGUCUGCCAUUAAUUAAAUGUAACUAAAAGCUAGUUUUGACUUACAGCAAAAGAAUCUAGUAAAGAGUAGGAUCUAAAAUGCCUUUCCCUCCAAAGUGGUUAACUUUUCUAAAAGGCAAAGAGGUUGUUAUUGCUAAUGCUGUAAUUGCAAUAUUGACAAUAGGUGGGCAGCAACUUUUUUCUGUUUUUACAUUUAGCUGUCCCUGUCAUGUUGGGCAGAACCUUAUCUAUGGGCUGGCUUUCCUUGGAGUUCCUGCACUGAUCCUUCUGAUUGUUGGCUAUGCCCUGAAUAACCAAACUUGGAGGCUGGUUACAGGCAAAAGGUCUCCUCUUCAGGAAGAUGCUACACCAAACCGGUUACUGCAGUGCAGACUGAUCUGCUUCGUCUUGUGCAGCAUCACUGGGAGAGCCCUGGUUGCUCCAGUAACAUGGCUAGCAGUCACCCUGAUAAAUGGCUCAUAUUAUGUCUGUGCCAUGAGUGAGUAUGUCUCUGUGAAUUAUUAUGGAACUAAUCCAAACAUUACUGCUAGUGAACGCAGAAGGAUAUUGGCUACAUUUCCAUGCAGACAGUUAGUUCCUUCAGAAUUGACUCGGGCAAGAGAUGAAGUGAUUCUCCUACUCCGAUACCAGUCACAAGUGGCUGGCUGGCUUCUGAUUGCUGUGGUAGUCAUCACUGUCUUCCUGUCUUACUGCUUGGCAAGCUGUUUCUCCCCACUCAGCUUUCUACAUUUCAGAUACUGGAGCAGCUAUGUCCAUAACGAGCAGGAGCUAUUUGAUGAAGCAACGGACCAGCACUCCAGGCUCUAUGCCAUGCAGCAUGUAAAGAAGUUCUUUGGCUUUGUCCCAGGGAGUGAAAAUGUAAAGGAAAUCCGUAUCCCAUCUCUCAAAGAGUGGCAAGCCAUUUCUGGACUGGCCUUUCUAAAACGUGUGGAUAAGGAGCACUAUGACUACAGCCUCCUUCAUGACUGGGCACUCAAGGAAUCUGUAGAUAAAAAAUACCUGAAGACUGAUGAAGACCCUGUGAUCAGAACAUAGCCCUGAGGGUCCAGGCCCCCAGCAACACCUUGCAGAAAAGUAGGAAUGUGUCUAGCGCCACAUCAGACCUGAGCUGCUCUGGAACUUUCUGAUGUCUUACUCCAUUUAUAUAUAAAGUCUGUGAGCAAGUACAUCUUAUUUAUGUAGUUCUCUAGCACAUGCUUAUAAAUGCCUUUUCUGAUGGUGCCUGACUCUUGUGGGACAUGUUGGUCUAUGUGUAUAUUAGGGUGGGCUGUUUCAAGCUGCAGUUCUCUGCUUUGUAAUACUUGUGCUAAAAGGAUGAGUAUACACUGUGAGAGAAAGUUAUUCCCAAAUGCUUUCUCUUUCCUCCCAUCAAAAAAUCUUUAAAAAUUAAUAGCUAGACUUUGAUUGGAUUCUAUGAGUUGGUCUGAUCUGUAUAGAGCAAAAGCAGAUAGCCAACUUUGUCUUGGUGAACCCUAGCAGAAACACCUCAUUUCUUCUCUUCCGCAUCUUUCUUGUAUUAUGUGAAUAAAAUAUACUGAGCUAACUACAAGCUCAGUCUGUGGCUACAUCAGCAUGGAAGAAACAUAUAGGGAAACGUCAACAUGGGCUGGGUCUAGAUACAGUGAAGAGAGAAGUUUCAAUUCUGGUAAGGAUGUAAAAUGCCCACUAAGGGGCACAGGAUGGAGGGGUGCAACAUGUAGCAGUUGUAUGAACAAACCCUUUACAUGUGAAAAAUCAAUUUCAAAUGUAUUCUGGAUGAAACCAAGAUGAAGAUCAGUCUCCUGUUCCCUUUAGAUAGGCUUCAAAAUCUCUCAGCUGUUUUGUGCUUGCCUACUGUAUAAAUAGCCAAUCAGAAUGGGAAAUUUCUGUGCAGUAUGGUUUGCUUUGCCUGUGAAAAACUCAGAAUUGCUGUACUAUUGUGCCCAUAAAUAUUUAGUGAAAGAGUGCUUAAUGAUGUUUUUGUGUUAAUUCAGU